CACCCGGCUGAUUCCUCGCCAAGAUGCCGCUGGUGAAGCGGAAUAUUGAACCUCGCCAUCUGUGUCGUGGAGCCCUCCCAGAUGGGGUGACCAGCGAGUUGGAAUGCGUGACCAACAGUACCUUAGCUGCCAUCAUUAAGCAACUGGGAAGCCUCAGCAGACAUGCUGAAGACAUUUUUGGAGAGCUGUUCAACGAGGCCAAUAGCUUCUACAUGCGGAUGAAUUCUCUCCAGGAGCGGGUGGACCUUCUGGUGAUCAAGGUCACUCAGCUGGACUCCACCGUGGAAGAAGUCUCACUGCAGGAUAUCAACAUGCGGAAAGCAUUCAAGAGCUCUACCAUCCAGAACCAGCAGGUGGUGUCUCGCAACUCGAUUCCUAACCCGGUGAUGGAGAUGUACCAGCGCUGCGAUAAACCUCCGCCACUCAACAUCCUCACGCCAUACAGAGAUGACAAGAAAGAUGGCUUGAAGUUCUACACUGACCCAUCGUACUUCUUCAAUUUGUGGAAAGAGAAGAUGUUGCAGGCGACAGAGGAUAAGAGGAAGGAGAAACGUCGACAGAAGGAACAGCGACUCAUAGAGGACUCUACCCGGGAGGUCAAAAAAGUGAGGAAAGCCCGCAACCGAAGGCUGGAGUGGAACAUGAUGGCGUAUGAUAAAGAGUUUCGGCCCGAUAACAGGUUCUCCCCAUCCCCCUAUCACAUGGCAUCAUCGGAAGGAUCCCUUUCCCCCGACAAUAGAUCCUACGCGUCCGACGCAGCCGAUCAUUCAUACCCGGCCAGCCCUAACCAUCCAGCCCAGCAAAUCUUAGCUCCAGCCUCCCACCUCUCCACAGACAACAAGGAGGUGAUCCUGGUGGCUAGCCAGGGCCAGGAGCAUGUCUACAGGCCCUCAGCGGCAGGAAGCCGGCAGAACAGUCUCAACCGGGUCCAACCUCCCCAUGUGUCGCAGCCACCUGAGAACAUGCUCAAUGGACCGAGGCCUCAGAUAGUCAAGGAUUAUGGCCCCCAGCAGGUGCCGAUGGCGGAAUACUUUGUCCCUCCUGCUCCUCCUCCUCCUCCACCCCUGGUCAUACCCUCGGCUCAGACUGCCUUCGACAGCCCCAUCUCGGCUUCUCCUGCCGCGGCGCAACACGCAGCGGUCUCCGUGGUUCAUUCUUCCUAUGCCCCCUCCCCACCGCCAGCUCCCCCUUGUCCCUACUCCGCUUCUCCCCCUCAGGCUGGUCCCAUGGGGCCUCCUGUUGCACCGCCACCCCCUCCCCCUGGCCCCACGACGGUCUCUGCCUCGCCGGCUCACUCAGCCUCCCCCCCGGCUGUGACUGUCGAGCCACGGAAGGCCCAGAUGCCCCUCAUCCCGAUGAGCGAUGCCCGGAGUGAUCUGCUGGCCGCUAUUCGCAGGGGAAUCCAGCUCCGCAAGGUUCAAGAGCAGUGGGAACAGGAAGCCAAGAAAGAGCCCGUGGGCAAUGACGUGGCCACGAUCCUGUCUCGCCGGAUCGCGGUCGAGUACAGCGAAUCUGACGACGACUCGGAACUGGACGAGAAUGAGUGGUCCGACUGAGAGUGAUUCGGAUGCCCUGCCUUGGGAUGGGGAGGGAGAGGGUUCUCCCUCCUGGGCUGGUCCUCCUGCCACCUUUCUGCAGCCAGGUGUGUCCGCGUGACUGGCCAUCCCGGCAGGUACAUUCCAGCUGUUGCCCAGCUGCUCGUGUUCAGGAGUUUCGCUUUCGUGCCAUGUUGCGUUGUUGAAAAAUUAUUUUGAGGUGGCCUCUUUAUGGGCGAGUGUGCAUUCGUGACUCUUGUCUGUGGAAAGCCUUGACGGCUGGGGAAUCAUUUCCCACUGGGGUUUUGUUGGCUCCUUCCUUCCUUUCUCUCUUUCUCUCUCUCUCUCUCUCUCUCUCUCUCUGGGUGUGAAAAAAUGUCUUUUGAAACUUUGGACAAGUUGGAAAAGCCCAACCCAACCUUGUAACAACACCCCUUUCUUGGUUUGUCAUUAUCAAAGUUGACCAGAGCUUUAUAUAGUCUCGGAGGUUACAGCUUUAGGAUGCAAUCGGAUGACGUUUGCAACAAGAUGGAGAUUUUAAGCAGAUGCACUUUCGGUACUUAAAUGUUCCAGAUAAACAGGUAGGUAGGUAGGUAGGUAGCUGGUCGGCUGGAGCAUUUUUCUUCUAUGUGGAAUAUCCCAAGGGUUUAAUGGCUUAGAAGACUACAUAACACUGGCUUGUAAGCUUUCUCGAAUGCUUACAAGAGUCUUCCUUCCCAAAACUGAUAACUUCCAGAUGGACUGCAGGUCCCAUUAAUCCCAGAGGGCCAUUCCUAUUGGGGAGGUUGGGAGGUGUAGUCCAGCCUCAACCAGAAAGGUCUGGUGCAGGGAAGGUGCAAUUAAUAUUUUAGAGCAGUGAUGGGCACAGUGCUAUGCCACUCACAUCAGUAUGUGUGUGUGUGCUGGUUCAUUUGGGGAGGGGAGGCAGCUUGCCUCUAGCAAAGGAAGGGUCGUAGAGUAUAUUGGGGGGGGGCAGGGAGAGAGAAAGCCAAAUAAAGCAGAAUUAGCCAAGGUCAAGACUGUGUCCUUCCGUCUCUGUGGACCUCUGCCCACAAACAAGGUGUGGGUAGGAUGGCCGAGGCGAUCAAGGGCUAGCCAAGGCGUCCGAGGGCUAGCAGAGUUGCACACAAGGUCAGCCAUGCUGUGCUGGAUCCAGACCACGCCCAGCAUCCACAUGUUGGAAAUGACUUAGCCACGACCCUGGCUCAGCUUCACGCUGGCAUCAGGACCGUGUCCCUGGGCUACAGGCUGCUUGAAGCGGGCUAGUACAAGCCAGCGCAUCUCCUGACCCAGGCUCUCUUCUGCACCCUUUUUGAUUCUUUCCCCAGCGGAUCAGUCCUCUGGCAGAUCACUCCGGAGGCAGCUCUCUGAGGCCCUGCGAUGGGUUCUCGGUUAGGGUAAGAGAGAUCUGCCUGAUCCCUGAUCCCUUGCUGGCGCCUUUGAGUUAGUUGCGUGACAAUGUGCAUUGCGGUUCAUGGGUGCUUACGCCAACAACACCUACAUUAAAUUCUUGAUAGGUCCAUCCCGUAAUGUGGGAUGGGGUGAUUUAUUUAUUUGAUUCUGUAUUCCCGUAUGUUGCAGUUGGGGGGGGGAAAAUGUUUUUAAGUAAUUUCAA